AUGACUAAUAAAUACUGCAUUGAGCUUUUAGAAUUAUUUAAGGAUCAAACAAACACAACAGAUGAAAUAUACAAACUAAAAUCAUUCAAUGAGGCAGAUUUAAAGAAAAUAUACAAAGAUAUACAGAUCUAUUUGAUUGAAACUAAAAUAUACACACCAUCUGAGAUAUUACUAAUGAUUUCAAAAGCAUCAAAAUUCAAUUGCAGAUACUUUAAAUCGUAUUGGUUCAUAUUUAAAAAGGUUUAUGAAGAAUAUCACCCUCAACAAGUUAAAAGACUUGAGCCAAUAUUUGAUUACUUUAUUUACAAAGAAUAUAAUAUCGUUUUACAUCCAAAAAAUGGAGAAAAAAUCAAAGAUUUUGAUUGCAAAAAUUAUACAAUGGAUGUACAUGAAGAAAACACAAUUUACAAGGCAAUUAUGGAAGAUAACAAAGGGUUAUUCGUUUCAUUGAUUGAAAGAGAAGAUUUUAACUAUGAUCAAAAAUUCACAAGUGACUUCUAUCCUGCAUAUUCAUUUUCAAUACUUGAGUUGUGUUGCUAUCAUGGGGCCGUUAAUUGUUUUAAAUUAUUAAUAACAAAAUACAAUCCAAAUCUAUCAGUAAAAUGUUUAAAUCUCUCAUUUUUGAGAGGAGUUCCUGACAUAGUAAAUGAAUGCUUAAAGCAAACAAAACCAGAUUCUGACUAUAUGUGGCAUGCAAUUGUUUCUCAUAAUAUGGAUUUCGUUUCUUUUUUAGCGACGGAGUUUCAUAAAUACAUUCAUUUAGAAGAUUGUAAAUUUUACGAUAAUCUUUCAGUAUUGUUCUUUGCUACAAUGCUUAAUUACUCACUCGAUGAAUGCUUAUUUUAUGCUGCAUACUUCAACAUUCCAUCUCUUUGCGAAUAUUUAAUUUCACAUGGUGCAGGUUUGGAUUAUUUAAAUGAUAGCGAUGAUAGAACCCCAAUUCAUAAUGCAGCAUAUUAUAAUUGCCCAAAAACAAUUGAGGUUCUAAUUUCACAUGGUGCAGAUUUUAAUGCUAAAGAUUGUGAAGGAAAUACAGCACUUAAUUAUGCCCACAUGUAUGGCUACCCUGAGAUAGCUGAAAUUCUUAAUGCACACAAUGCAAUUGAGAAUCCAAAUCCUUAUGAGAAACCACUUAACACCAUUAGAUUACUCAAGGAAAUGGGCAUUGAUGUUAAUAUUGUGACUCUCGACUGA